ACGGCCGCUCCAACGGGCUCAGCGGCGGCGGCCGGUUGGUGGUGGGGUCGGAGCGCGAGGUGGGGGCGCCGGGGGCCGUUAUCGUGUGCAACCGCAGCCCACAUCGCUAUGAAGCCGGUAUGGGGGUUCGCUCUGGCGUGUACACUGCUUCUGGUCGUAUCGGUUAGAGCUGAAGAGGUGGAUGUAGAGGGGACCGUGGAAGAUGACUUGGGUAAAAGCAGAGAAGGGUCCCGAACAGAUGAUGAAGUUGUUCAGAGAGAGGAAGAAGCUAUCCAACUAGAUGGCCUAAAUGCAUCGCAGAUCAAAGAAAUCCGAGAAAAAUCUGAGAAGUUUGCAUUUCAAGCAGAAGUCAACAGGAUGAUGAAACUUAUUAUCAAUUCUUUGUAUAAAAAUAAAGAGAUUUUCCUCAGGGAACUUAUUUCAAAUGCUUCGGAUGCUCUAGAUAAGAUACGGUUAAUAUCCUUAACUGAUGAAAAUGCUCUGGCUGGUAAUGAGGAACUUACUGUCAAAAUAAAGUGUGAUAAAGAGAAGAACAUGCUUCAUGUUACAGAUACGGGUAUUGGCAUGACAAAAGAGGAGUUGGUUAAAAACUUGGGUACCAUUGCAAAGUCUGGUACAAGUGAAUUCUUAAACAAGAUGAAUGAAAUGCAGGAUGAUAGCCAGUCAACAUCUGAGUUAAUCGGCCAGUUUGGUGUUGGCUUUUAUUCCGCUUUCUUAGUAGCAGACAGAGUUAUUGUCACAUCAAAACACAACAAUGAUACCCAACAUAUUUGGGAAUCUGAUUCAAAUGAAUUCUCUGUGAUUGAUGACCCAAGAGGAAACACUUUAGGACGUGGCACAACCAUAACCCUUGUUUUGAAGGAGGAAGCAUCUGAUUAUCUUGAGCUGGAUACUGUUAAAAAUCUAGUAAAGAAAUACUCACAGUUCAUAAACUUCCCCAUAUAUGUGUGGAGCAGCAAGACAGAGACUGUUGAAGAGCCCAUUGAAGAGGAGGAAGUAAAGGAGAAAGAAGAAACAGAUGAUGAUGAAGCUGCAGUUGAAGAAGAGGAAGAAGAAAAGAAACCAAAGACUAAGAAGGUUGAAAAGACUGUCUGGGAUUGGGAGCUCAUGAAUGACAUAAAACCAAUCUGGCAGAGACCAUCUAAAGAAGUUGAAGAAGAUGAAUACAAAGCUUUUUACAAAACCUUUUCCAAGGAACAUGAUGACCCAAUGGCUUACAUCCAUUUCACUGCUGAAGGGGAAGUAACUUUCAAGUCUAUCUUGUUUGUUCCUAACUCUGCUCCACGUGGCCUGUUUGAUGAAUAUGGAUCCAAAAAAAGUGAUUUCAUUAAGCUGUAUGUUCGAAGAGUCUUCAUCACUGAUGACUUCCAUGACAUGAUGCCCAAGUAUCUUAACUUUGUAAAGGGUGUUGUGGAUUCUGAUGAUCUUCCUUUGAAUGUAUCUCGUGAAACACUUCAGCAGCAUAAAUUGUUAAAGGUGAUCAGAAAGAAACUUGUUCGCAAAACUCUUGAUAUGAUCAAGAAAAUUGCUGAAGAAAAAUAUAAUGAUACAUUCUGGAAAGAGUUUGGCACUAAUGUAAAGCUUGGAGUUAUUGAGGAUCACUCCAAUCGUACACGACUGGCUAAACUUCUUCGCUUCCAGUCUUCUCACCAUGAAAGUAACCUCACAAGCCUUGACCAGUAUGUGGAAAGAAUGAAAGAGAAGCAAGACAAAAUUUACUUCAUGGCAGGUGCCAGCAGAAAGGAGGCUGAGUCUUCACCAUUUGUUGAACGUCUUCUGAAAAAGGGUUAUGAAGUGAUUUAUCUUACUGAACCAGUAGAUGAAUACUGUAUUCAGGCUCUGCCAGAAUUUGAUGGCAAGAGGUUUCAGAAUGUAGCAAAAGAAGGAGUUAAGUUUGAAGAAAGUGAGAAGUCUAAGGAGAGUCGGGAAGCCCUGGAAAAGGAAUUUGAGCCACUCUUAAACUGGAUGAAGGACAAAGCUCUAAAAGACAAGAUUGAAAAAGCUGUGCUAUCUCAACGUUUAACCCAGUCUCCAUGUGCUCUUGUGGCUAGUCAGUAUGGAUGGUCUGGCAACAUGGAAAGAAUCAUGAAGGCUCAAGCUUACCAAACUGGGAAAGAUAUAUCUACAAAUUACUAUGCUAGCCAAAAGAAGACAUUUGAAAUUAAUCCCAGGCAUCCACUGAUCAAGGACAUGCUGAGGCGAGUCAAGGAAAAUGAAGAUGACAAAACAGUUUCAGAUCUUGCAGUGGUAUUGUUUGAAACCGCAACUUUGAGAUCAGGAUAUAUGUUACCAGACACCAAGGAGUAUGGAGACAGAAUAGAAAGGAUGCUUCGUUUGAGUUUAAACAUUGACCUGGAUGCAAAGGUGGAGGAGGAACCUGAAGAGCCUGAAGAUGCAGCUGAGGAGACCGAGCAAGAUGAAGAGGAGGUUGAUGGUGAUGCUGAAGACAGUGAAACACAGAAGGAAUCUACAGAUGUGAAAGAUGAACUGUAAGCUCCACUCAACUACUGUCCUGCAUUGGGGAGUUAAGAGGGAAUGUGAAUUAGAUUGUUGUGGUUUUUUCCACUGUAAAAUGUUGAGGGAUGGUAAUGGGGUUUAAGGGUGAAGGCGAAUUUUUUUUUAAGUUCACUUUUCUAAAAACAUUCCUCAUGAAUGUAAAUUUGUAUUAUUUAACUGACUUGGUGUAAAAUCUUGUCAUGUACAAAAUAAAAUGUUCCCAAACACCACUAAAUCUAAAUUUAUACAUAAUAAGUUCCUCCUGGGUGCUAGCACAAAGAAACAAAGGGAUUGAUUGCCUUGAGUGUUCGGGUCCUUUGUACAGCAGGCAGUUGCAGUCCUUGUGCCUGACACAGCUGCACUUAACUGUUGUAGCCUGUGACUGGGGCUAGGUUUUGGUUUAGCAAACCUGCUGUGCUGUUUAGCCAAAAUGUAACGAGUAUCUUGAGAGCUGUACUUAAAUUCAGUUGAAGUAUUCAAGAAGCUGACAUCUUAAGAAAGAUGAGAUAGGGCAUUUAUAAAUGGCAUUGGAACUGCUGUCCUGCCAACUUGCACUUGACUAGGUAUGACUUGAAUCCACUUACAGACUAGGCAGGGGUAGUUUUUAAAAACAUUUCCUUCCACUAAAUGCACCGUCCGCAGUGGUUUACUGCCUGUGAGCAUACACUGUCCUCCAUGGCAUCUGGUAGCCCCACCUUUGACUUGUAGAUACAGCAGUGCUGCUUUCCCCAUUUUUUCAAGUUAGAAACUCACCCCUUACAGUUGUUGCUCCUUUAAUGCUGUUGUUCCUGAACUUUCACUCCUGUUCUGUGUUUCUUGGCAAAGUUCUGUAGGUACUUAAUUGUCACUCAGACUAAAUCUGUUGAUACCAAGUUGUAAUGUAGACAGGUUAAACUGGAGGCACUGCUUUCUUUUCUAUUCAUUAUGUUAGCUUUAUGUGGUGGUUGGGUGAAGCACUACAUUUUCUUACUUGUGCCUCUACUUUGAAACACCUUCAUGUGGUUAGUAGAAAGUGUUUAUGCUCAAGUGUUUUGUUUGUGGUAUUUUGCUUUGCUCUGGAAGUAUUGUAGGAGUAGUAAUUCUGUACAGUGACUUCACUGCAGAAACACUCUCUGUUAACAUAAGUUUCAUGAAGUUGGCAGUUCUGCAAUCUGAAGCAAAAUACACUGUUCCAAAUUAGGUGAGGGUACUGAACACUAACGUGAAGGAGUUGAUUUCCAUUUACUUUACUAGGUUCUCCUGUAUCACCCAAAUACUGUUUCCAUGCAAUAAACACAAAUGCCAUGUA